AUGCGUUUCGUUAUAUAGGCGAAUAGCGUUGCGCGCGUCCGCCGUCGACUAGUUACUGUGUUACUGGAACCCGCGCGAGAGGUGGCCUGCAAGGACUGAGCGCCGCUAACCUUUUUUUCUGUGCGUGCGAUGUUUUCACUUUCGUCAUUUUGACCGGGCCAGGCCAGUUUGAUUUGACGUCGCUGGCGCACAGACGUGCCGGGGCUCGGACAUUGUGAAAUCCUGUGAUCGCUGUUGGAUUGUUGUUGUUGUUACAAUAUUGUUUUGUAUCAUUUUGUGAAAGAUAUGGCUGUGAUGUAGUGUUAAUAUGUUCGACACCAACUUCCUUUUAAAUUUUUACAAUGAGAUUGCGAAUAGAAGUGCACUACAGUUGGCAAGCGCUGGAAUGAUGGGAGAGGGAUUGCUGACUCUCACAUACGGCAAGCACCACGCCUGCAUCCUAAACGAAGUGGGCGCGGCGUGGCGCGGCGCCCGCUACUCCGAUCUGGUGCUGAUCUGCGAGGACGCCGUGCCGCUCGCAGCGCAUCGGAUCGUCAUGGCUGCAGCCAGCCCCCUCAUCAGAAAAAUCCUGGAUGACACCCCAUCAGUUGAGAAUCCGGUGACAAUACACAUGUCAGGAAUCAAUAGCACUUUGAUGAAGCAUCUCUUGGUGUUUCUAUAUAGCGGCCAGGCAUACAUUGAGUCGGGAGAGAUCGAUGAUAUGCAAGAGUUAUUUGAACUCUUAGAAAUAAAAUCAGAUGUUUGGAAGUCUACUAAAGAACGCCAACAAGCUGAAGAAAGGAACCGAUCAUGUGACAGAUUAAAAGCAAAAAGGACUGAUAUUAACAGCAACGAGAGCAGUAAACAUGAUGCACCUUCAGGAUCAUCACAUUCCGAAAGUGAAAGGGUUACGCCUAGCGCAGGCUUUAGCAGGGAGAAGGAGAGGGGAGAAUCUGAAUCCUUAAGUAUAAAGAAAGAGAGCAUGUCAACCAGCAGUACUGAUGAAAGAGAUGAAGAUGACGCGGAAGGUGAUAAGGAGUGCGGCAGAUUAUCAUCGCGCAGACGGAGUUCCUCAAAUCCUGUUAAUCUGUCUCUUGGCAGAAACGCUGAAACGACUGGUAGUGAACAUGAUGAUUCGCAAGAUUUGGAUGUUGAAACAGUUGCCGCAAAGAAUAUUGAACGAAGACGGUCUACAACGUCGAGUCAAGAGGAUCCGCCCCCUGAAACUGGUUACCGGAGGCAACUACUGAAUGAUAGACUGGGAAGGGGCAUUGAGAGAACAAAAAGAAAAUCACAUUACUUGGAACCACCCGAAAUGGACUUACGGACCGUUAAAUUAGAGGAGUAUGCUCAUCUAAAACCACCAGAUCAAGAUCUUAUGUCACUCGUGCAAACAUCGCCAGAAAAUUAUGUUGUAACACCCCAUCGUAAGCGGAGACCAGGAUUUCACAAUUCCCCCUCACAAAACCCUCCAUUCGUUUCGUUUCCUCCCAGUUAUCUUGAAGAAAUGGCACAUUUACGGUACGCACAAGGCCCUGGCGUGGCUGCAGUAGCUCGACUUGGAGCUCUACAUCCACUAAGUGCAUCAGCGCCCCCAUUCCUUCCAGAGAGAAGUACUACUCCUCCAUUAGCAGCACAUGAUGACACACUUAAAUAUCGACCUCCAAGUGCGGGUUCUUGGGGUCCUUGGCUCUGUCAACCACAAAUGGGCGGGGAUGACACCCCAACUGCCGAACAUGAACAAGGUUCUAGCAAACAGGCACCAGUCAGAGAAUACCGAUGCGAGUACUGCGGUAAACAGUUUGGAAUGUCUUGGAAUCUCAAAACACAUCUCCGCGUGCAUACAGGUGAAAAGCCAUUUGCGUGUCGUCUUUGUGUAGCUAUGUUUAAACAAAAGGCACAUCUACUGAAACACUUAUGCUCGGUCCACCGGAACGUGAUAUCAUCGAGCGAGAAUGACGGCCGAACGAAUACUCCAGGUCGGUUCAAUUGUUGUUUCUGCCAGUUGACUUUCGAAGCGUUGCCGGAACUAAUCCGCCACCUUUCCGGGCCGCACAAUAGCCUUCUACUCAGUAAAAAUUUACAUGAAUGACGCCCGUGUGCCUCGUCAUCGUGACAUUUGUCGCGCGUUCUAUUGGACUUUGAAAUUUCUCUCUUUGAGAGUGCAAUUGUGAUAUGUGUUAAAGGUUAUUUAGAAUUAGUUAUUAGUUUGUAAAGUUACAAUAUCGCAGAGCGAUACUCAAACAUUCGUAAAGAAACGGAUGUGGUGUUAAUGAACAAGAAAGGAUAACGUAUGCCGAAUGGGUCCAAUCCUUUAUAAUUUGUUUAAAAAUUAUAAUUUGGGACCAAUAUCUUCCGAUCUAGUAUUUAUUUUAAAAUUGUAUUUGAUUAGAAUAAAUAUUAUUUAAAGCCACCGACACAUUAAUUCCUUAAGCAUAGAAAAUAGACGAAAUUUGUCUUAGAAAAGUUGCGACGUAGAUAAGUACAGGCGAAUAGACAUCCCAACAACUACCUCUUAAGUUAAAUCGAGACAUUGUGGAACUUACAGGUGAUGUCACUGUUCGGCUUAUUCAAUGCAUCUAGUCAGAUUGGGACUUUAGUAAACGCAACACAGUAAAGUUCACUGCGAAGUAGCACACCAAGGGUUCCUUGCAGACUGGCAGGAAACAGUUAUAAGUAUCGGGCGCAGUAUUACUAGAUUACAGACAUUAGUCUGUAAAGAAGGUCGUAACAAAAAAUAUUUUUGGGACCAUUGGUUUUUUUAUGGAUUUGGACUAAUAUAAAUCUGUAGUUGUUCUUAUUUUAUGAUUCAAAACUAUUUGUUCCUCCAACACCUCACAAACUCUUCCAAUAUCUGACAGAAAUCGCAACUUUUCAACGACACUUAAUAUAUAAAUCUCAAUAGCGUUAUCAAGUAAAUUGUAGUGGAAAUGUGUUCGUUAUGUUAAAUUUAACGCAAACUUUGUGCCGACAAUGCAAUGUGGAUUCGCACCAAAGAUUUGUAAAGCAUGAAAGUUUGUAUUGGUGUAUAUCUAUGGAGUUGCAACGAAACAACUAUCCCAACGCCAACUAGAAAACUUAUGUCGGACACUACGUUGUAACGCAUUUUUAAAACUUUAUGUUGUUUAAGUAGAUAUUACAGCAUGCUGUAAAAAUAUUUUAUAAUAGACUGUUUAUUUAAUCUUUGGGAUAAAUCGUAUCGUUGCAAUAAGUCCAAAAGAAUUAAUGGGACCUGAAUUGAAUUUGAUGUGUAAUCGAUAUUAUAGGUACCAAUUAAAUAAUCUCAUCUCAUAACUUAUAGGUAUGUUAGAAAUCUUCAAUUCCUUUACUUUAAUAUUCUUAUUUUUUAUACUUUCGUCUUGCUUCUGUAUUUUCACUGUGGCCAGUUAUUUUUUAAAUUAUUUCAUAAGUUACACUUGGUUAUUUAAUGCUUAUAUCGCUUCGAAAUUUCGUGUAAUAAUAUAAAGUUAUAUAUCGAUUUCGUCACAUUUUUAUGUUCGAGUCCAACUAAAACAAUAGCAAUAUAUAUAAUGAUUGUUUUUAUGUAAUUAUUAAAAUACUCACUCGAGUCUUGAAACAGCGAGAUUUGAGAUUUCGGUUUGCUUAUACAAACCAAGAAACCGAUACUUAACCUUUAACUAAAGUUACCAUAAAGUUGUUCAAAGCUUAGUUUAAAACAUUAAAAUGUGAAGUCGCUUUAAUUUUUCGAUGUUACCUUAUCGUAUACCUGAUUUUUUUGUUUUAUUUUCAUGUUUUUUUUUGUUUUCAACGUCGGUUUUGACGGUUAAUUUUAAAUUGGGAACAAGUUAUUCGUAGGAAUUGUGAUGUGAUAAAGUGUUAUUGUAAGUUUAUAGAGAACGCUGUCUUCCAUUGCGUUUUCCAAUAGUUUCGACUUAUUUUUUGUAAAUAUAUUUAGUGUUAAGAUGACUACAUGACAAUAUCGUCCUCAUAACGCUGCCGUACGUAAUACGUAAACUUGAACAAAACAUAAAUGUUACUCGAAAUUUUAGUUUUAUGCAAAGAUUGUGAUAUUACGGCGAGAUGCCGAAUUUGCCUUAUUAUAGUUAGAUUUCAAUAUGAUUACUUGUUUUUAUAUUAGCCUUUUAGCGAUGUAACCAAAAUGUAAACAAUAAACUGAUUAAAACCGGAUGUUUACAAUUAUGUUUUGCAGAAGAUAAUAUUCAAUAUAAAUCACAAACAUUAAAAAGCUGAGAGUUAUUGUAAAUAAUAAUUUAGUUGUAAGUAAUUCAAGAGGAGGAAACCUAACUUAAUAUUUGUUGAAAUUUAAUUUUUCGUUAAUUGUAAAUUAAAAAAAAAUAAGUUUAAGUUUUCACAUAGUGUACAAUUUUUUGUAGAUAUUGUUUAGUACAUUAACAUUCUGUAAAAAUGUGUUCUUACUUUAGUAAAUUAAAUAACGAGAAUAUUUUAGUUACA